CUGGACUUUAUCUUCAAUGCACCGUUGGAACCGUUUUUUAUUAGCAUGUUUUUCAUAUUUCAUAUAAGUAGCGUCUUCUUUCGAUUGCUUGCGAGCCUCUUCAGCUCUUAGCUGUUCAAAUGCAUCCUUUCUUUGUUGGUAAUGAAACAUACGCGUUUUGUAGUCCGUAUUUGGGUUUCUUCCAUGCUAAAUCAUUGUUGAGGAAAAAAUCAAUUGACUAUAAUAUGUACUCACAUGACCAUAACUCCCAGGAAGUAAUCCUGGGGCUAGAAUAUCCUGAGCUUGUCCUUUUGACGUUAUCUUUGGACAUCUGGCUGGAGGCACUAGAUCCCCGCCGAACAUUUUUAUUUAAAUUAUUUUGUGAAGUCUAAUGAAAUUGUAGAAUUUUACGAAAUUACUUGUAUAUUUAUUAUUUGAUCAAUUGUAGCUAGGGAAACGGUGGCAGGUGUACACCUAAUGCACCUACCCUACCCUAAAAGGCUCUUAAAAGGGGUUCAAAAGAUUCAAGUUUUUUGGGAAAAUUAUGGUUAAUACCAAAUAGCUUCUUGUCUGACCAGAAGUAGCAAUUUAUUAUUUAAUAAUAAUUUUUCUUUUACUGAAUAAAUUAUCAGUUAUGAAUGAUAUUUUUUGUCAAUUGUGCAAUGAAACCUUGAAGCAAAGGUUCGUUUGCUCACAAAAAUUAAAAAGUUACGCUGCAAUAGUCCAAGUUAAUAAUUAUCCAACUCAUUGGGUAUAUUUCUGGGUUUGGCCCUCUCAAAAAUCUUCCAAGCAGUAAAAUCUGUGUGGCAAAGCGUCUCCUCAAGUGGUAAAUAAAUAUGUUCAUUCUCUGGGUCAAUGAUUCCAAUUUUGACCAACCAAAAGAUGUCGCUGUGUAUGCAAAAUUUCCCAAACCCUGGCACUACUAUGGAUUUUUCCAAAGCCUAGGAGUGUUACCAUGUAAGUAACUUUCCUUUGGCUCGAAUACAUUUUAAAGUAAGAGCAAUUAUUAUUAUUAUAAAAGCAACACAAGAAAUAUUAAAGUAAAAUGUCUUACGAAACGCUGCAUUCAUCUCCCCUCUAGCAAGGGAGGUAGAGAUCAUGUUCAAAAUACUGCUACAGUUCUGCCUGGUUUAUGUAUUAGUCUUCGAAAAUAAGGCGGACAGUGGAGUUUUACUAAAACGGAGCACGGAUAGUUCAGUUCAAGGAUACUUGACGGAGAGGACUUGUUGGUGGAACGAAAUUUGCAAAGAAGAAUUUCAGAGUCUUUUUCGUUGCAAGUGUCCAGAAUGGUCAUUUUGUAGGGCCCCUGGACGUUAUUACAAUGCUUUUUGUUCAAUGGCUAAUACUGGAUACAUUUGGACACAACCUGUACUAAUAAGGCGGACAUAGAUAAGGGAAUAUAAUACUUAGGUACCUUAUGUACUGCUCAUUGUAACAACAAUUAUUGUAAUAAAAGCUCAAAUUCAACUUAUAGUUUUGGAAUAAUCUGGAUUUUCAAUUUUUUAUUUAUCAUAACUUUCAUGAAGGACUCAAAUUUUGCAUUCUAUUUAUUGUCUUGUUAAUAAUUGUGCAAACAAUGUAAAUCACAUUCUGCCUAAAAAAUCUAUGACGAAAUUGAAUCAUAGUUAAUUAGGUGCCAGAAUCAAAUAUAAUUAAUAUAAAUUUAGUUUAUUUAUUCUAGGAUCAAUCAAGUAAGUAUUAGGUACCUACACAUGUGAUUUUUAUUCUCGUGUUUAAAUUUCAAAUUCUCCAAAACUCGUUUUUAAUGAUCUGAAAAUCUUUAUGUAUUAUUCAUAAAAAUAUGAUUGAUGUAACAAUAAUAAUAAGUAUAUGUGAUAAUCCGCGAUUACUAUAUUUAUUAUUUAGACAAAGCAAAGAUAAUUAGUUCCUAUAUAUCCUAAUACGUCAUUAUUUAAUUAACUUUCAAAGUAAUUACACAAACCUAUUUGUUUGAAGGGCUUUAUUGACUGAUAACGUUGUCGACUCACUCCAGGUUUGAACCAAC